UAUGACUACGUCAGGCUAGCUGCCUGUUGCUUUCUGUAAUCUAAGCAGACGUACGCCGUGGAAAGUAGUUGGGCACACCUCGGACUCGGACUCCCCACAAACGGACGGCAUGCUUGACAGCUACCAGGCACGGAUCCACAUGAUCUCCGCUCCUGUCCUGCCCCUUCCAGCGAUGAUAGAAACUCUUGGUAUAUUUCUCAUCUUGGCCAGUGUCAAAAAUGUCAGGCCGGUUGCACCUCCUGAAAACUUGACCAUCCUCUGUCAGGAUGGCAUAAACAUGGCCUACUGGAACCACUCUGGAUCUUCUACAAAUGUUUUGUUCUCAGUAAAUAUCAUCAGGUUCUCGGAUGGCAAAUCCGUUUUUGACAGCAACACAUCAGAACACCAUAUCAACAUAUCAGAUGACACAGCACCUAUGGAGGACGUGUACUAUUUUAACUUGACUGCCUGGGAAGGAGACAUCCGCUCUGUUGAUGUCCGUAAAGACUUCAGCUAUGCCAGGGAUUAUGAAGGACCUGAAAUUACCAGCUGUUUUAUGGACGUCCCGAGUCUGAACAUAAUGAUUGAAACCAAUGGGAUUAAAUUCCGUUUUCCCCAUCCUCAAUACAAGCAGAAGACAAAGAAAAUGUUCUACACUGUCCACACCACUCAUGAUGAGCGCAAACUCAAGUUAGAGUGCCCCCCGGAGGAUAAAGUGUGUCAUGGCCAAAUCCAGCUGAGUGUUGACUCUAUAGAGAAAUGCACAACUUUGGAGGUAAAGGGAGCCAUCGGCGGCAUUCUCUAUAAAACAUCCAAGGAAGUAUGCAACCCGGUUCCUGAGAAGGGUCCUUGGCCCAUCUAUCUUUUUGUGGUGAUCUGUGUCAUAGUGCUGGCAACACUUGUGGGUAUUCUCAUCGGUGCACAAAAAGUGAUCAAGACUGUGAUUGAACGCUCCAGCUACUAUGUGCCUGUGUCUUUAAGACCCAGACGAACACCAGGUGCCACAUGCAUUCUGCAGCCGGAGUUUACCGUAUCUAGUUGCGCCCAGACAGGGAGCACUUCUCUGUUUCAGUCGCCCGAGGACUCCCCCACAGAAAGCCCGACGAUCAUCCCACCUGACGGCUGCCCUGAGAAGACCCACUUCUGCAUCCCUGCUCGUGCUCCGUCCAGCGACGAUCAGCCUGAGGACGGUUACGAGGCCCGUCUCAAGAACGACCUUGAGCCUGAGCCACAACCGCAGCGCGAGUGCUAUGAAGGCAGCGAUGAUGACGGCUACAUGCAGAGAGAGAGAGUCCCAGACACCUCGGAGAGCAGUCACAGCUCUGUCAUCGAGAUCGAGAUAGCCCCGGAGGACCAGGUCAGCGGUUAUGGACCUCGCUAGCUCCAGAGCAGAGCCUUGGUGACUUUCUCCCUCUGAUAACCCCUCAGACAAGGACCCAGGGUACCCAGCCCCCACCCCUCCCCCACACAUUAUCACCUUCUGACCUCCCAGUGGGGUCUCCUUCAUUUCCAGAGCUACGGCACAUCUGUGGCGUCUGUCUCCAUCUCUACAGCCCUUCUGCUGUUGGAGCUCUUGGUCUGCUGCUGAUCUUUACUUGAGACUUCUGGCUGCACAACAUAACCUGCUGGAGCUUGGCAUGUAUGCAGCAUACCAUUAUUACAAAAGACUGUAGGAAGCCAAAGGGAAUGUGAAAAUGCAAACAGGUCACAAACACUUGCUUGAAUGUAAGUAUGCUGUGCACUCAAUAACCACACUGUCUUACAGAUACAUCUGUCUGAAUGUCUCCAAGUGUUUUGAAUAGUUAUGGACAUCUUGUUACUUUUAUAUAUAUAUAUAUUUUUUCAUUUGUUCUUGCCCAGCAUUUUUUGUAAAGCUUAUUUCAUUAUGCUGUUUUAUAAGUUGUACUUUGUUUUCUACAUGAAGAUUUGUAAAUAAAGAGACUUUAGACUU